AUGGAACAAGAUGUCAUAAAUUUGAAAAACCAUACUACUCAAUAUAAAGUACUGAAAGAUGAAGAGAUAAAACAAAAAGCCCUGAAGACAUAUAUGGAUAGCGAUGAGUAUAAAAAAGAAGUUGAAGCAAAUGUAAAGGCAGAAAAACUUUUACAGUUGCAAAACCAAACCGUACAGUAUGAAAACUUAGCACAAGAAAGUAAAAAUAACGACGCAGCCAUGCAAAAGGCAAUGAAAAGCGCAGAAUAUAUAAAAGCUAACAAUGACUGGUUAGAUGCCCAAGCCAACGCUAAAGCAGCCCAACUUAUAGGGUCAAUAAGGACAAAAAUACAAGCGGAUGAAGACAGUUCAAAUGAAGCUUUAAUGAAUGCUGACUUUAAGAACGCCUUCGAAGCUCUUCAUAGUAAGGUGAAACUAGUGAACGACUUCUCAUCUGGAAAGAAACUGAAGUCUGAAGGUUUCGACAAAGAGUUAAGAGAAGUAGCACAAAAUAUGACGAAAAUAACAGAUGCAGCAACGAGACAGGCAGUUCAAAGUGCCUAUGACGCCGUUAGAGCAACUGUUGUGGAAAGUCAAGAAAAAGAGUUACAACAGACCAAAACAGACCUAGUAAAUGCUUUCUUAAAAACGAAAAGUCAGGUAGGACAUUAUGCUGCAGAUGGAACAUAUGUGCCAGCUGGUGGAACUUAUAUACCACCAAACCCUCCAAGAGAAGCACCUGCACCAGGACUACCUAAAACAUUUACAUCGUCACAUGGACACAGACACAGGCAUGCACCAAAACCAACACAACAACCAACAGUUCAAAAUCCAGCACCACAACCAACAGUUCAAAACACUGCACCACAACCAACAGUUCAAAACACUGCACAGCAACAACCACAAACAGAGCAAGGACAUAAAAGAA